AAUAAACAUGGCGGAGGGUUCGUGAAUACUAAGAGRAGCUUUCGAGGAGUAAUUACAGCUGAAGUAACUUUGCUUUCUUUACUAAACAUUCAAAGCAAAAAAUUUACAAGAAAAUAGUCCACAAAGAUGUCAAGUCUUGUUAUUCUCGAGUCGGACAAAGGAGAGCUUAAAGACAUUGAUAGCAGACUGYUAGAAGAUGGCUACAGUACAGCAAUACCGUUGGAGCAUAAACUCCGCUAUAUGUGGCGGCAGGUUACAAGAUCUGAAACAAGUCUCAAGUCAUCAUUGGACAGCCUUGAGCAGCUCCGCAAGCAGCAUGCAGAAGAGAUGAUUGAGGUAGAAAACUAUGUCACUCAUAUCCGACAACUCUCUGAUGAAAGAGAAGAACUCACWAAAGACCUUGAGGCUGAGAAUGAACAGUUAAAGGCAGAGAUGGAGCAGAUGAAAGUUGAGAGAGAGGCUGGUGCUGUGGUAUCAGAGGAGGUUUGUGAUAUGCUGAAGGAUGCUGGGAUAAAUGACAUUAGUCAAGAUACCACUACUGUUAAAAGUCAAAUUAGUUUUCUACUGAAAGAAAGAACUGCAAACUUAAAUCAAAUCAAGAAACUUGAGCGAGAUACUGUAUCAUCUGGUCCYCAAUCAAAACAACAGGAGGUCUGGGUACUAGAGAGAAAGGAAAUGGAAGAUGAAAUGAAUCGACUUAGAGAGACUACUAAACAAGUGAAACUUGAAAUGAAGAAAAUGCAUGACAAGGAAACUCAAGACCUAAAAGAUCAAAAUACAGCUUUGAAGAAUCAGAUUGACAAGAACCAGAAACAGUUCAAUGAAGACAUGGCUACAAUGCUUAAGAAAUUUGAAGAGGAUAAAAUGAGAAUGGUUGAGGAAAGAGAAGAAGAAGAGGUGAAAACAACCCAACAGCUUGGCAAAGCUGAUAAGGUUAUGAAGGAAAUGCAAGAAAUAAAAUUCAAGAUGAAGGAUAUUGAACAGGAGAAGACCUCACUGCAUUUCACUGUAAGUUACUUACUUCAGAUUCAAGUGACUUCAUUAACCAAUGAAAUCGCAAGUCUCAAGGAAAGACUGCAAACAGCUGAUGGGACAAUUGACAGACAAACCAAACAACUGGAAAACCUCACCAUACAGCUAGGUGAAGCAGAAAGAACCUUGAAAGAAAAGGAAGAAGACAUGGAAGACCUUGAGAAGAACCAUAAAGAUGAGGUAAAGGAAAUGAAAGCUGAGGCAGAAACAUUCAAAUAUAAACUAGACGAAGAGACUGGUAAAAGCAAAAAUGUUGAAAGUGAUAGAGAUGUUUUAAAAUCACAAAUAACAGAGCUAAGGAAGGAUCUUGAAGCAUCCCUUGCUGCUAGUGUUGCUCGUGAGAAGGAAACAAUGGAUCAAGUUGCUACUCUUCAAGAAGACAAAGACAGACUCGCCAGAGAGAUAGCUGGAUACAUCACAAAGGAGAAAACUAUGACCAAAACCAUAGAAGAACUCAAACUUAAUAGUCAAUCAUUUGAGGGAAAAAAAUCAUCAUUACAAAGUGUGAUAUCAUCACAAGAAAAGCAAGUUGCAGACCUUAUUUUAAAGAUUGARAAAAGUGAUCAGAAAUGUGCUGCACUAGAGCAUCGACUGUUAACAGAGCAAAGCAAGACUGCAGAACUCAGCACAAAAGUCCACUACACAUCAGAAAGCAGCAGUUCUGCAAAGCAGGAGGUGGACAAUCUCAAGGAAGAGAUCAAAGCUCUGACAUCACAGUUGCUAAGGCAACAUGAUGCAACCAUGGACAGCAGGUCCAAAUACGAACAAUUGAUCAUGGAAGUCAAGGGAGAAUUAGAGAAGGAACGAGAAAAGUCUUCUGGUGACCGACAUGCUCUGGCAAGUCAACUGGAGCUGGCUAUGAGAGAGAGCAAAGACUUGAGUACAUUGUUGAGGGCAAGGGAAGAGGAGUUGAACCUGCUCCGUCAAGAGUUGUCCAAUGUAAGUACUACUGGUACCAAGGCCUCCACAGCGUUAGAGUUUGAAUCUAAGAUGCGUGGUAGCCUAGAAAGCAGAGCUAACCAUCUUGAGGGGGAAUUAACAAAAGCUUGGGGUCAAAUCAAAGAAUUGACAGAAAAAGCAAGUGGAUUGGAGGCUUCUAAACGUCAUUUGGAGAUUGAAUUGGACCGAAGAACACAGCAACUGCGUCAGUCAGAAAGUACUUUACAUAAAAGACAAGCAGAACAUACUGCCAUGGUCGUUGCUAAGGAUACCGCUCAACAACAAGCAGAGGAAGCGGAAGCGAAGCUGGCAUCUCUGCGUUUAGAGUAUGAAGCGCUCGUURCACGACUGGAAAAGACUGAGGCAGACCUGAAGUCAGCCAGUGAACAACUAAUGGAGCUUCACCUAAAACACCAGGAAAACAGUGCUUUGCGCGGCCACCUMGAGGAAGAACAAGUCAACAAAAAUAUUCAACACCAGACGGUGAAAGAACUUGAACAUCAAAUCGGUGUUUUACAAGAAAGAAAUUCUCAGUUACAACAAGUGGUUUUAAAACAAGAAGAAAGCAUCAGAGCYAUGGACAAACAGCAAAAACAGAKUGACAACCAAUCAAAGGGUUUGUCAGAAAGAAUGAAUGAAGCUUUACAAGAGAAYGAAAUGUUGAAGCAAGAACUGAUAGCAGCAGCUGACAGAAUCGACAACCUGAAACGUAAAAGCGACGAAAGAAAAACAAAAACACAAGCAAAAGUACAAGCUUUAAGGAACCAGUUUGCUCGUGACAAGAGAGCCCUCGAGGAAAGAGUCCUUUCUCUAGAGAACACGCUUCAACUCACCCAGCAACGUUCCUUGAAGGACGAGGAAUGGGAAGGAACAGCAAAUGCUGCUUUGAAAUCUUUACAGAAAGAAAAGCGAGAACUUCUCUCAAAUUUAAUGGACAGCGAAGAAGUCAUUCGUGAAUAUCAACGCACUAGUCGUGAAAGUGAAUCUCGUUUGACUGUCUUAACAAAAGAAAACGACGAACUUCAAAACAAASUUAAUGAACUCAUCAAAGAAAAGACGCUGUUGUCUAGAGAGUUGACRAAACUAAGGUCGAGCCCAUUCAGCAGUCCACAGCCAAGAGGUGCYGUUGAUUCUCAAGUAUUAAUGAGUGCUUUAUCGAGAMUCCAUCAGAACGGACASGACAGUCUGGUAUCAUCGCCUGAUUUUCAAUCACCUGAAAGYCGUUCACCUGAUAGGGCUGUGCAGUUAUUAAACUCACUAAAUGACAGCCUUGGUAAACCCUCAAGYAACCGGCAUGUGUAUGUCAGCUGACAUCGGCUCCAUGUGAUUCAUGUUUUAUAUCGCAGAACAUCUAUAGUCCUAAUAACAGUUAUUAUUUGGUACAAAGGGCAGUGUUACAUACAUGUAACAUCAACGUGGCGCACGCACGUUCUAAAGCUGCUAAAUCAUGUAUGGAUACUUAGGAUAUUGUGUUGUCAUAUCAGUGUUGUACCAAAGUAUCCCUGUUUUAAGGGGAGUUACCCCAAGUACAUUUUAUGAAUGACCGUCUCUUUUGGAUUAUGUUCGACCAAUAUUUAAGUUCUCUUCGUCAAAAGUGUGUCCUUGAAUGGUUACAGACUGUUAAGGUGGCUUCAUAUUAUUAUUGAAGACGUGCAUAGUUUUUUUUUCAAAGUGUUUUUUGGCAUGCAUUAAGUUUUUGCAAGUCACGUGACAUCUGAGAUAUCGGGUUUUUCCAAUUUUCAUCAUUUUGUUAAUUUGCGUGGUGUUAUGAUCGAAGUACGGGUAAACGCGAAUGUACACUCCAUGAAACCACUUUAACAUGAAGUUCUCAUAUGAUAAUAUAUAU